CGUUGGAGAAGUGUGACCUUCCUCCUGAAGGCUUUCGCCGCUCCGCCACUGAAGGAGCCGUUACUCCAUUGACAGGUCAGAAUGAGUGGGGGAGUCAAUGUGAAGUCGGCCCCCCGGGCUCCUCCCACGUCAGGAAUCCCCCUCCCACACAGCCUGUUGCCCUCCUCCCCCAAAGCAGACACCCGCCGUCGGGCUGGAGACCUGCCCAGGCCCUCAACACAGACCCCUAAACACACACCCACACACACACCCAGGCAGUCUCCUUUACUUUGCCCACGAAGCUGUGGCAUCCCCGGGGCCUCCUCCAGAGACCCCAAGAGAGACACCAGUCUGAAGGGUCAGCUCUUCCAGCGAACGGGUGCUCUACCUGCUCCCCAGGGGUCCCGGUCUGCUUACAGCAGCCCGCUGACGCAGCGCAGGGCGCCACCGCCAGCCUCCAAAGACACGCUGGAUCUGGGAAAACUUGCCCAGCCUUACAUUCCCUCACAGUUCCCACAUGACAGCAAUCGCAACCGAAACACACUAACCAAUAAGAACCAGACAUGGGGGACCAGCAACCUGCGUCCACCGCUGCAGUUCAGGAGAGAAGGCAACUCCAACUCCCAGGCAACGGGUGGGGUCACACCACAAAGAGGGAAUGAUGCUCCAGAAAACCAACCAGUCCACACCACUCUGGCGAACAACGGUAACCUCCGGCCCACUCUUGAUCUAACGAGCUACGAGCACGCCAUUAGAGGUCGCACUGACUCCACCAGCCAAUCAGAUGAGGAAAUGGGCACUCCUGAAGACGGAAGUCCGGCCUGCUCUCCCUGUCCCCUACCGCUGCCACCGAUCACAUUUACCAUGUCAGUAAUGUCCAAUGUGGCUGUUAAUGUGCUGGAUCAAAGCUUAGAGGGGGAGGCACUCACACCCAAAGUCAACAUGGCCACUGUGGCUCCCUUCAGCUACAGGCUGCAUGCGCAAGAGAGCGAUUUUACAGUGGAUGAACUGAGUGACUGCUCAUCUGGAUCCAUAGAAGUCUGCUGUGAUGACCUAACACUAGGAGGGAUGCUGGAGGCUAAUGUGGCUAACGUUAGCAUGACGGCCAAGCCCAGAGAGGUAGACCUGAGGUCUGCUGCUGUCUCCUGCCAGGACACAUCAGCCCAGGCCAUGGCCUCUAGGAAGCCACCGGCCAAGCCUUCUGCUUUGCCUCAGGGACCUUCACGUCCCUCCAGGUCAGAGCUGAAGGUCUACCGACCCUCCUCUGGAUCUAUCCCAAUCCCCAAUCCGUCCGGUCUCCGCAAGCAGAGAUCAUUAAACAACUUGUGUGUGCUCACUGAUGCUGAGAAGAAGCUGCACCUGUACCAAUCUCCCCGUUGGAACGAUGAUUCAAACCGGCCAGGUGCUGGCACCAACAAGCCGGGCCUGACCAAGCCAGUUCAGGCUGGGGGUGGGAAACCACAACUUUCCAGGACCCUUUCAAAGUCAGAACAGUCUCUUUUUCAGGCCAAACAGUUCUGCUCCCCACCUGUGACCUCAAAUGGGGGCAAACCCAGUCGAAUUCCAGCACCUGGCAAACCACGGGGACCUUAUGCUGAGGUCAAGCCCAUCAGCAAGGCCUCUGAGGCAGGCCAGAGUGCAGACACGGACCCUGCAGACCACCAAACUAAGGCUAACUCCAAUGGAGCUGGGAAUACUGGGACUAAUGGCAAGAAACUAGGGGAGAAGAUGCGAUGUGCAUCUCUGUCAACAGAGGAGAAGAAAGACAGGAAGGGUAUAGAGGGAGAAGAUGAUAAGAGCUUUCUGAAGGUGGAUCCAGAGUUAGUGGUGACAGUUCUGGGAGACCUGGAGCAGCUGCUUUUCAGCCAAAUGCUUGACCCAGAAUCCCAGAGGAAGAGGACAGUGCAGAAUGUUCUGGACCUUCGACAGAACCUGGAGGAAACCAUGACCAGCCUGAGAGGGGUGCAGCUCAGCCACAGCUGUGUCGAGGGGAACAUGUGCUACGACAGCGACGAGGCCGCUGCAUUCUCAAUUUCCAGUCUAUCAAAUCGCUCUUCUCCGUUGUCAUGGCGCCAGGGUCAAGCCAGCCCCCGUCUGCAGGCUGGUGAAGCUCCGUCCACGGUUAACACCCAGUCAGACGUUCCCCUCCGGAUCAGCCACACUGCUCGUAUCCAACUCAUUGAGGCUCUGGACGACUCGGAUGCGUCCCUCCUGAAGGGAGAUUACCUCAGCAACAGGGAGCUCGGCAGGAAGAGCCCAAACGUGGAAGAUGAAGAUGAAGAUGAUGAUAUUGAUGAUCUGGCGAAUGGUUGGGACGAGAGCAGUUCCAUCAGCAGCGGUUUGAGUGACGGCUCAGACAACCUCAGCUCUGAAGAGUUCAACACGAGUCCCACUCUCAACUCCCUUCCUACCACUCCAAUUGGCUCUCGCAGAAACUCAGCCAUCGUGAUGCGUACGGAUGCAGAGAAGAGAUCUCUGGUGGAGAGUGGUCUGCCCUGGGACGCUGACGAUACCAAACCCGGCCGCAAAAGUCACGGCAGCAGCGUCUACGAUACUGGAAGUCUCAAAUCUGAAUCAGCUAAUAAAUGGAAAAAGACACGGACGACGGGAGAGGGGCAAGAAGGAGGGAGGGGCGAACUGAAGAAACCCCAUACCCUGGGUCACGGAAAUUUGUUAAAGAAAGGACGAAACCCACCUGUGGGAGUCACCUCCCCAAUCACACACACCUCUCAGAGCGGGCUGAAAGUGGCAGGUACUGUAAAGUCAGAUGGGAAGCCAAUGGAUAAGUCUCGGUUGGCAGUGAAGACCUCUGGCCUUCAGCGCUCCUCUUCUGAUGCCGGUAAAGACCAACGAAAUGGCAGCGGUGCUGGUGAGCAACGUAAACCUCCAUCUGGCCUCGUCAGGCCCUCAACUGGUGGAAACUUUGGCUUCAAGAAGCCAGUCACUGCAACUAAUAAUGGCACAAACAAUACUAGUAUGUCCAUUCCCUCUGCAACUGCGGGGAAGAUUCCCAAAACGUCGGGUAUUCCUGUCAAACCAGUGGCUGGCGGGGGUGGGGGUGGAGGACGUAAGACGAGCCUAGAUGUUUCAAGUAACGACCAGAGUGGUUUUCUGUCUGUAAAUGCCAGGACGUCUCUCCAGUAUCGCUCACUGCCUCGUCCAGCGAAGACAAGCACCCUGACUCUGACUCGGCCGAGCUCAGCUCGCCCAAUGAGCACCACCAUGGACACCAGCUCGUCACUAACCAAACCGCCCCAUGGCUCCAGGCUGAAAGAGCCCGCUUCAGGGAUUGGUUCUGGAUUGAGUAAGGCAGGUGGUCGUGGGAUCCAGAGUCACGGUCCUGUCAAUCAGACAGACAGAGAGAAAGAGAAAGAAAGGGCCAAAGCCAAAGCUGUAGUGUCUGACUCUGAGUGUGGAGGCGGGUCUCUGAAGGGUAGCCCUGCUCAGACCCCCUCAGAGAACGGAGGGAAGCUACAGGGCCUGCGACCUCCCAGCAGUGGCAAGGGCCUGGAUCUGCCCUCACCUAACACACACAGGUUAUCUGGGAUUCGCAGCCUGGCAAAGCCUCCAUCAAUGGCCCAGCUUGACAAGCUGAACUCAAACAGCCUUGAGGUGGGAAUCCAAGACUCCCUGCCACCCAAGAUUCCUCCCUACUCUAAGCUCCAGGACCUGGCAAGCUCAGCAGGCAGCUCCACAGGCCCCUGCCUGACCCCCAGCCCUGCUCCUUUACUCAAUGUGAACUCUUCGGCUUGCUUCUCAGACUCAGGGACUGGGUUGGGGCCUAGGCAGGUCUCCUCUCUUGGGGUUCAAGGUAGUGGAGGGAGCACCUCUCCGCUGCUCUACCCUCGUCUGUCUGGGCUACAUCGCAGCAUGGAGUCACUGCCGCUCCAGAUGAGUCUAGUCCCAGAGCGCCAGGGGAGGGAGAAGAUGGGGGAGAGGGAGAGUUUGGUGAGAGGCUACACCACAUUAGAGUCCCGGCACAAAGAUAGACAUGAAGAAAGAUGUCCUCCGGCCAGCUGGAACUCUGGAAGUAAAGUCUCAUUGUGUGUCACGGACAGUUCUCAGAGAGACAGAAACACACUGCCAAAGAAAGGUUUAAGCGUUGAGGAGGAAGGGAAGGAGAAAGGAGAGAGGAGACACUCUCACAGUAUUCUCAGUAUGACCGAUUCGCUCACAAUUCCACUGCUGUCCUCACCCACAUCCCUGCCCCGCACCUCCAAGACCAGUAUGGUAUCUAGCCCUGUUGGCGGACCUCCGAGGAUGACCCGCUCCAACAGCAUCCCAACACAAGAUGCCUCUCUGGAGCUGUAUGGAGCUUCUCCGCUCGGCAGCACCCUGUCACUGGCUGAACGCCCCCGCAGCAUGGGAAUGGUUCGCUCCGGAUCCUUCAGAGACAAGGAAUCAGACGAGGUUCAUGGGUCUGUACUCUCCCUGGCAUCCAACGCAUCAUCGUGCUACUCCUCGGUGAGUGUGGGCAGCAUGCAGAAUCAGCAAAUCCGUAAGCUGAGGAGGGAGCUGGAAUCGUCGCAGGAGAAAGUGUCUAACCUAACGACACAGCUGUCAGCGAACGCAAAUCUUGUGGCCGCCUUUGAGCAGAGUUUGCAGCUGAUGACAACCCGGCUGCAGAGUCUGUCAAUAACCCAGGAACAGAAGGACUCAGAGCUGUCAGAUCUGAGGGAGACCAUCGAGGUUCUGAAAGUCAGGAACGAUGAAGCCCAAGCUGUCAUUCAUGGAGCCUUAAACGCACCAGAUAAUAUGAAAGAUGUGCGAAUUCAACGUCAAAACUCAUGUGAGAGCCUCGCCAGUCUCAACAGCUUGACCAGUAUGUCGAGCGUGGGCAGCUUCAAGGAUCAAGAUGCAAAAAAGAAGAAGAAAAAGAGCUGGCUGAGGAGCUCCUUCAACAAGGCCUUCAGCAUUAAGAAAGGCGCCAAAACAUACUCAGACAUCGAGGAAAUCGCCACCCCCGACUCCUCAGCUCCGAACUCUCCAAAAAUGCUCCAUGAGGGGGGAGAACAAGGAGAAAAUCAGCUCUCAUCCCUCAAAACCUCAAUCUCUGCCACCUCUUGUGUGAUCAUGGAGACUACAGACGAAGGAGACAAUGAGGAAACGGCAGUAUCAGAUCUACGCUCAGAACUCUGGGGGAAAGAGAGAGAACUAACAGAUAUCCGAUUGGAAGCCUUGAGCUCUGCCCAUCAACUGGAGCAGCUCCGCGAAGCCAUGAACCAUAUGCAGUCAACGGUAGAGAACCUGAAGGCGGAGAAUGAUCACUUGAAGACAGGCUCUGGUCCCACUUCUUCCACCUCACAGCCCUCAGGCCUAGCCUCUCUCCUUGGGCCCUCGCUGAGGCAGCCGAUGAGCAUGUCCCUCACCAAGUCCUUCAGCCUCAGUCUGAAUGAUUGUAAAGAUCCAGAUGUUUCUCCAGUCGACACAUUAAGUGUGUCCUCACUGCGGGAUGAGGUGUGUGCACGUGUGCUUGUUUGCAUAAGAGAUCAAACAGAGGACAGUAAGCAGCAGCAAGACUUCUAUCUGGGCUCAGUACCGGUCAAUAUGAGGACUGAUUGGUCCUGUCUCGACGCCCUUAUAGUUAAAACCUUCAAGGACUAUCUAAGUCAAGUGGACCCAACUGCAAGCCUGGGUCUGUCCUCUGAUUCGCUGCACAUGUACAAGCUGACCCAGGGAGUGCAGAGGGUGAUGGGAGGGGACAAACCUCAGGCCUCACCUUAUCGUUGUCUCAGCAAUGGUUCAGCUCAAAUUCUUGUCACUUUGAAAGGUCUCAGAGAGAAAUGUGUUGACUCACUGGUUUUCGAGACUCUGAUUCCUAAACCGAUGAUGAUGCACUACAUCAGCUUGCUGCUGAAGCACAGGCGUCUGGUUCUGUCUGGGCCCAGCGGGACUGGAAAGACUUAUCUGGCUCAGCGCCUGGCCCACUACCUCCUGCAGCGCAGCCGCACAGACUUGUCUGAAGCCGACCAUGAGACCUGCCUCCUCGGUAGCAGCGCUGCCGUCACUUUCAACAUGCAUCGUCAGUCACAGAAGGAGUUGCAGUUGUAUCUGUCGGAUCUUGCAAAUCAGAUAGACAGAGAGAGUGUUGGAGAUCUGCCGCUGGUUGUUAUUAUAGAUGACAUUAGUGAUCCAGCUAGCCUCACUGAGCUUGUCAACGGGGCGCUCACCUGCAAGUAUCACAAAUGUCCUUACAUCAUUGGGACAACCAAUCAGCCUGCAAAGAUGACCUCAAACCACAGUCUGCACCUCAGCUUCAGGAUGGUAAUUUUCUCCAACAAUGUGGAACCUGCUAACGGCUUCCUGCUGAGGUACCUGCAUCGUAAAGCUGUGGAAGCAUACCAGGAGAAGGAGCAGGACUCCGCACGCCACCAGGCUCUCCUCCGCGUACUGGACUGGAUCCCUCAGCUAUGGUACCACCUCCACACCUUCCUGGAGAAACACAGCACUUCAGACUUCCUCAUAGGUCCCUGCUUCUUCCUGUCAUGCCCAGUGUCAGUGUCAGAGUUCAGGCAGUGGUUCAUUGACCUGUGGAACCAAUCCAUCAUACCGUACCUGCAAGAGGGAGCCAAAGAUGGCAUCAAGGUGCACGGGCAUAAGGCAGUAUGGGAGGAUCCAGUGGAGUGGGUGAGGGGGACUCUUCCUUGGCCCAAUGCACAACAAGACCAGUCCAAGCUCUUUCACCUACCUCCCCCCAGCAUAGGUCCAGCCAGUGAGGAAAAGAAGCCCCCCAAAGAUACACCUCCACCCAGCACCCUGGAGUCAGAUCCACUGAUGGCCAUGCUGCUGAAGCUCCAGGAGUCUGCGAACUACAUCGAGUCUCCAGAGCGGGAAGGCUGUUUGGAUCCCAGUCUGCAGGCGACACUCUGAAGAUAACAAGCAACUGUCAGUCAAUCUAUGGGACUAUGGAAGUUAUUACGACUGACACAUCGGGUGCAAUACCGAUGAGACUUUAAAGACUCAAUUAUUAACUUAAUAGUUUGCUCAGUGAGCAGCUUCAACAAUAAAUGUAAAGGAUCUAUAGAGAGAGAGAGAUUAUGGACGAAGGGUUUGUUCUGCCCUGCUAUCAGAAAGACAAUUCAACUGCUAUUAUAGGAAGCUGUGAUGAUCAUGACAGGGAAAGACAUUGAUUUGUCUCUUCUCUGCCUUCAAUUUGUUCCAGAUGGGAUGCUGUUGACUCUGCAAGUGCAUGGUAACCGGAAUAGUAUGAUGCAAAAUAUUACUUAUAAUCCCAUUAAUCAGGACCCAUUCUUUUCUUUACUUUCUAUUUUGCCGCAACUUUCCCCACAAACUAUUGGUGCUUACUGUUACUGGGUUUCUGUUAAGUCUUUACAAAGAAAUCCACCUCAGAAGUACCUCUGAUUUCUUCAAAAGUAGGAUCAUCACUCGACCACAGCCAAAAAUGCACUUUAUUUUGUACUUGUUGUAAUUGGAUUUUAGGAGGCUGUGUCAGUGACUGUGUAUUCAUGCAGUACAGUAGUAAUUCCUAUAGGUGGCAGCCUUUACUCCUGCCUCAGUGCUUUCCUGGUAUGCUUUCUGAUUUAACAAAGGUGCUUGAUAUAAUUUAACACAAUCUUUUUAGUUCAGCAAUUCUGUCAUUCAUGGUUGUAAUAUCAAAACCGUGAAGCUGUAAGAGUUACAUGCAUGAGUGAAUAAUUAAUAGAAAUUAUGAUUUGGUUUUAGGGUCAGACUAUAACGAAUAAACAUCAGUAUCCACUGGUUUUCUACAGUAAUAUACAGAAAAUAACUACAAAAACUGACAGUGGCCAUACUCAACAUACUGCAUUGUAAACACACAGAAAAAAAACUGCUUGUUUAUCUAGUGUGCCCAAACAGCCUACCAUUUCUGGCUCUGCUUGCGUAUACUCUGUAUUUAGAUAUUGGUUUUAAAACACAAAAUUCUCUUUUUUGUAGGAUUUUAUACUGACUCAUCUUCCAUUAUCAUUUGUAUACAGCAACUAUCAACUACCCUAUUGGUAUUACACUCACUGCAACACUGUUAAUUCAUCACCAAGGGCAAAUGGAGAACAUCAUUAAAAAAACUGCCAUCAGCAAAAAGGAAUCUAGAAGUCCUUCCUCAUUCGGUUUCCUCUAUGCUUUUAUAACAUUUUUAAGGCCUUCCUUUUUCAAGAAUUACUGUAAGAGUAAGGGCGGGGGGAAAGAAAGGUUGAAACUCAUGUUUAAGUUGCCUCCUCCUGUUCCUUUCCUUUGUUUGUUUGCACAUAAUAUAUGUUAGAGUACUAAAUUACAGAGAGUAUUUAUUGCUCACAUCUUGACUGUUCUUGUGAUAAAGGAAGAAAGCAUAAAACAACGUUUAAGAGGAAGAAACAUAUGUAUUACAGAUAUUCUUAAACCUAUCAUCCCUCUGCCCCUUUGACUUUGAAGUACCUCAGACUGCCAUAUUAUGUCCGGAUGUUCCUCUACUCUCCAAACAGGGUGCUGGUGGAAAGUAGAGACAUGAUGCCUAAGUCUAUCUGUGCCUGAAACACUAUUUGGCCUCGAGCUGCUUUCGAGCAGCUUUAAUCUACCACACGGAAGCCUCGAUUUAGAGGAAAUGUCGCCACUUCCUCUUAUCUACUCUGAUGUCACUUUAAUGUUGCCACCAUGAGGCGCACAUUUUGAGGGAAAGUGGGUUAUCGAUUUUGACCUUUGGCUGGUAGUCACAGUGAAAGCUGUUUGUUAAAAUGAUAUCUUUGUAGUCUGCAAUUGAUGAGAAUGUGUAUCAUGACUGGACUGCUUUUGUGCCAUUCGACACCAUUUUAAAUGUGUGACAUCUUUGUGGAGUUGCCUGAGAGUUAGAAGCUGUGUAAGAACAGAUAUAAGCCUGGGGAUGUAAUGUUGAGCAUGUAUCCCUGUUGUUUUCCCAAAGUUUUUUUUCAUUGGACCUACCUACACUUACCCUGUCCUGGGAGGGAUUUUUAUUAACUGGAUUGCUUCCUCUUUCCACAUAAUUUGUAAGAGCAGAUUUGUUUUUCUUAUGCAAAUAUUUGUAAAUGUUUCUUCUUCUUUUAUACAUGACAUCACAUUGUAAACACUGUAAAUAGUCAGUGCAUCUGCGACAACAAUCACUAAAACGUGUAGAGAUCUAAGAGAAGGCAUGGCCCCUGUAUGCAGAAAACGAGAAUCCUCUGUUGUUUUAUUGUCUUCCUUUAGGGGGAAGGUGCACUGGGCUUAAGAGGGGGCCUAACCAUGGUUGUAUGGCAUGUCUCUAUAAACACAUCAAAAUCCCAUAUGUCUAACAUUGAGCAAUGGACACAAUAAAGUCAUGCGAUUCUUCACAUCA